UAUUACGGCUUCCAUUCCCCUCUUCUUCCUCUGCCCCCCCGUCUCGCUUACGGAGCCCACAAGCUCUCGCAGACGCAGCUUCUCCUCAUCAUCGGUGCCUGCCCCUCAACCUCGCCGCUGCUCCUUUAAGCGUCCCAUUUCCCACAACAGAGGCAGUAUGAAAUAUUGGGGAAGGCAGGUAACUUGACUAUGUUGUUUAAUCGGAUAGAAUUGUCUUGUUAUCCUUGAUCUUGAGAAGCAAAAUUUAAGUAAUCUAUUAGCCAUUUUCUUUCUCUGCAAGCUGCAUGAUGCAAAUGUGGGAAUGCAGUCAGCUUUCAACAAAUGUGUUUAUAGUGCAUGCCAUCUUCAUCUCAUUUUGUACUGAAAGACCUUUCUCUAAGUCGAUUCCAAAAGUUCAUUCCUAAAAAAUGGAAACAAACUUCCAAAGAAGUAAUUCUUCAAAACAAUCACCUGGUUCUGGGAAAGUGUACAACUGGCAAUGAAUCUAUGAUAGAUAACCUUUUUAAUUCUGUCAGAGAGUUUGCCUGUCAGGGCCAUUUAUUAAAAGCAUUCAAAACCUUUUCUCUGAUCCAGUACCAUGUCUCUUGUACUACUUCAAAUGAUAUUGUUCUGCAUUCCAUAUCUUCUCUUCUUUUAUCUUGUGUCAACCUUAAAUCGCUCCCACAGGGUAAACAGCUCCAUGCCCUCAUUAUCUCUUUGGGAUUUGAGCAACACCCCAUUUUGGUUCCCAAGCUUGUCAAUUUUUACUCAAACGCUGAUCUUUUAGUUGAUGCUCACACCAUUACUGAAAAUUCCAAUAUUUUGCACCCUUUACCUUGGAAUCUGCUUAUCUCUUCUUAUGUUCGAAAUGGACUAUAUGGAGAGGCACUUUCUGCCUAUAAGAAGAUGAUAAGUAAAGGCAUUAGACCUGAUCAUUUCACUUACCCAUCUGUUCUCAAGGCUUGUGGUGAAAAAUUGGAUCUAGCCUUUGGGAGAGAGGUUCAUGAAUCCAUUAAUGCUAGCUGUCAUGUAUGGAGCUUAUUUGUGCAUAAUUCCUUGGUUUCAAUGUAUGCAAAAAUUGGUGAAUUGGAGAUUGCCCGUUGCUUGUUUGACAAAAUGCCAGAAAGAGAUGCUGUUUCUUGGAAUGCUAUAAUUUCUGGUUAUGCCUCCAAGGGAAUGUGGAAGGAAGCAUUUGAGCUGUUUGAAAAAAUGCAGUUAGCAGGUGUUGAAUUGAAUAUUAUAAUUUGGAACACAAUAGCUGGAGGGUGCUUGCAGUCAGGCAAUUUUAAGGGGGCACUUGAAUUGCUUUCUCAUAUGAGAAGUUGUGGCAUUUGUUUGGAUUCAGUUGCAAUGAUUAUUGGUUUGGGUGCAUGUUCCCAUAUUGGUGCCAUCAGAUUAGGUACAGAGAUUCAUGGUUCUGCAAUUCGCAGCUUUUGUGAUGGAGCUGAUAAUGUUAGAAAUGCCUUGAUCACUAUGUAUUCUAGGUGCAAAGAUCUUAGUCAUGCCUACAUUUUGUUUCAAUUAGUAAAAACUAAGAGCAUAAUUACCUGGAACUCCAUGCUUUCUGGUUAUGCCCACAUGGAUAGAUCUGAAGAAGCAUCAUUCCUAUUCAGAGAAAUGUUGUGCUGUGGCAUUGAGCCAAAUUAUGUGACUAUAGCGAGCAUUCUUCCCCUUUGUGCUCGAGUGGCAAAUCUACAACAUGGCAAGGAGUUCCAUUGUUACAUUUUGAGGCGUGCAGGAUUUAAGAAUUAUUUGUUGCUGUGGAACACUCUUGUUGACAUGUAUGCAAGAUGUGGAAAAGUUUUAGAAGCUAAAAGGCUGUUUGAUUCAAUGAACAGGAGGGAUGAAGUGACAUAUACUUCCUUGAUUGCUGGGUUUGGAAUACAGGGAGAGGGACGAGCAGCAUUAAAACUUUUUGAUGAAAUGAACAAGAAUAAUAUUAAACCAGACCACGUAACAAUGGUGGCAGUUCUAUCAGCUUGUAGCCAUUCAGGCCUAGUAACUGAAGGAAAAAUGUUGUUUCAAAAGAUGUGUAGUGCAUAUGGCAUAGUUCCACGUUUGCAGCACUUUGCCUGCAUGGUUGACCUCUAUGGGAGGGCUGGAUUAUUACAUAAAGCUAAGGAGAUGAUCGCAAAGAUGCCUUACAGGCCAACCUCUGCCAUGUGGGCCACUCUUUUAGGAGCUUGCCGUAUCCAUGGAAAUACUGAGAUAGGUGAAUGGGCUGCUGAGAAAUUGUUGGAAAUGAGGCCUGAAAAUUCAGGUUACUAUGUGUUGAUUGCUAAUAUGUAUGCUGCUGCCGGUCGUUGGAACAAGCUAGCAAAGGUGAGGACUUACAUGAGGGACUUGGGUGUGAGGAAGGCUCCUGGCUGUACCUGGGUUGAUGUGGGCUCUGAAUUUUUACCAUUUCUGGUCGGAGAUACAUCAAAAGCUAAAGCAGAUGAGUUUUACCCAUUAUUGGAGGGGUUGACUAAUCUAACUAAAGAUGCUGAUUAUGAUGCCAGAGAAAGUCUGCGUUCUGUUAAAGUGCUGGAGGAAGUAGGAUGAUUCCCAAUAAUGCAUUCUGGAUGUAUUUCACGUGAAUUAAAUUUGUCAUUCUUGUCCCAUGGCAGCAAUUUAUUAUGUGAUCUAUAACAGAAGUCAAGAAACAAAAGAAAUAUACCUUAAGGCCCUUCUGAAUUGGGUCAGACUUGUAGUAUUCAUCUUUCUGGUCGGUAUGUAAAUUUUCUUUUAUUUUAUCAUCUAUUAACUUGAUUAGUCUCUCUCUCUCUCUCUCUCUCUCUCUCUCUCUCUCUCUCUCUCUUUCUCUCUCUCUCUCUGUGUGUGUGAAUUUAGAUAACUUGAACUGGACUAUGCAGUGCAGCUUUGUUGUUGAAGAUUUUUAUAUUAUUUGUAUUAGUGAAUUCUUGAUAUUUCUGGCUAAUUUUGAAUGGGUCUAUUAUGCAUUAGCCUUAGAAUUUGUAGAUUUUUAGUGAUUAUUUUAUUUGAAAUUGCUAUUUAUUUCUGAUUUUAAUCUUGAAAUUGUCUUGAAACUUUAAUUUCAAACCUUUGAAAGGAAAGACUUAUGUUUGAAAUUUUCACCAUUGUUUUGCAUGUUGGAGAUAAUUUAGUCAGAUGGGAAAUCUGCAUUUUGUAUAUCGUUCUUAUAAGCAAGGAUAAGGAAUUGACCCUUACUGAUUUUGGAGCAUUAAUAAAUCUGUCACCAAAAAACCCUGAUUUGAAAUGGCAAUCUUUCUGUCGGCUGCUGAAUUAGUCUGGCCUUGGCACAAACUUAAACUGUUAAUUUUGCACUAUUUUCUUCCACAUACUCCCCUUUUUUGGGGUUGGACUGGAAGCCUUUCGUAGCUUGAUUAAAAGGGCCUCAUCAACUAAAAUACCUUAAAUUAGGGGUCUGUCAAUUUCACUUAAUUGUGCUGAUAUCUCACUUUUGGUCCUUGAUGGCAAUGGUAGAGAACAAAUUUUAAAUUGCUUACGCCCAAGAGUGUUUAUGCCAAAUUAGAUGCUACUUGUCUAUUGUUCUGGCCAGUGUUUUAACUUUGAAGCAUUAAACCAAGUGUUUGUAAUAUACUUCUGUUUUCAAUUGUUGAUGCCUAUUUCUAUUUGAAAAUACACUUUUUGUUUUAAGAUGGUUUGUGGUACAUCAUUAUUAUUGCCUUUUAAAUUCUUUAUUUUAUUCAUGUUUUAGGUUUAUAGGUCUCGCUUUUUGUGAACUCGGUUUUCUGCAUGCACUUCUUUUUGUUACCAUAGUUGAUCCUUUGUUGAUAAUAAUUCUUUAUUUUAUUUCAUUUGUGUUUCUCUUUGCUAACUCAUAAAAGAAAAUUCAGAAUAAAAAUAAUUUUGACUUGCAGGUAAAAAAAAGUAUGAUUCAUAAACAGCCUUUUGUUGAUGUGCUUUCAAGCAUCCUAGACACCUGGAACACAUUGAUCAACUUGCUCCAAUUGCCUCUCUUAAUGAAUCUCACCCGAAAACUACAACUUCAGAUGGUGAUAACAGUCUUCGUACCUGUCAACAUAUUGGGAGGUCUCCAAAUGGUUCAGUCGUAGUGGUUUCAAAUGACACCAACAACUUUGAAAGUGGUGCUUCUGGCUGUUUUCCCCAUUUUUUAUGCAUCAACAACAGAAUUCUUGAAGCAGAUAAUCUCUCAUUUUUCCUUGAAUAUUUUGAUCAUGGACACCAGCUUGGGGCUUUACUUCAGCGUGAUGAUGUGUUCUCGUCUUUUGACUAUCCUUUUUGGAAUCCAGUUUAAAUUGGAGGAUAUUGCAAAUGCUGAACUAGCUCCAAUCCAUCCCAUCCGGCUAGGACUAGCACUGAACUUCUGUGUUUUAUUAUGAGAUCUUGAACUCCUGAUUGUGCUUGCUGUCUUUGCAAUCUGGGCAACACCACCCUUCUUCUCAUGUUGAGAAAUCAGAGACUGAUGUUAAAUAUAAAUAAAAGAGAUUCAAAAUCUCAAGACUAAAAAUGGAAAACCAUAUUCCCAGGGAAAGUAAGUUCAUGAUAAGGCUAUAAUUUAUAUAUAAUUGGGAAUUAAAUUUCAUGCAGUCAAUAGAAGACAAAUUCAUAUGUAGAAAUUUAUGAUUUCCACAGCUAUUUGGUAGAGCAAUCAGCUGUAAUUUUAUUUAAUUAUUUAUUUAUUUUAUUUUAUUUUUGUGUUAUAUGUGAUACUUGGAAGUCUUCGCAACUUGGGCGACUGUGCUUUGUUUUUCUUCUUGUUUUGAUUUAGAUGAGGUUAAAUAAAUUGAAAGACUGUGGAAUAUGUUACUGUUUGUUUAUGAAAUAGCAUCGUAGAAUAUAUGUAAUUUUUGGUUGUCAUUUGGAUGUCUCCUAUGAAAAAAAUGCAUUUACAAUGUGAUUCUUGAAAUAAUUGCUGAAAUUGGGAAUUUCAGGAGAACUGUCACUUUAGUGGGGCAAAGAUAUACCCUGGCAAGGGUAUCAUAUUUUUUGCGUACGUUCCUUUUCUGCAAUUGAUGAAACUUGAUAAUCUUUGACGAUUGACAUAUAUGAGUUUUUUUUUUUUUUUUUUCCCAAUUCAACAGGGAUAAAAUGCAGAUUCCAAUAUUUUCUAGCUAUGCCCUUUUAUUAUCAUUCUCAAGGAAAUAAUUGGAGCAUUAGUUGAGGAUGUUACAAUCUUAAUCCCAAACUAGUAGGGGUUGGCUAUGUAUCUUUAUCCAUACUUCGAAUAUACAACAUGCUAAAUGAAAAUACAACUGCUAUAAUUAACAAAUCAUGUUUGGAAAAGUAGCCUUGGCUGAAGAACAAAUUAAUUAAAAUACGUAAAUGUAUAAGUUUUAUUUUUAUGUAUACCAUAUACAUAGGAGAGGAAAUAUUGCAUGUGAUGAUUGAAGAGGUGUUUGCUGACGUUGUACUGUACAGAUGAGUCCAUGAAAACUACCAUUAUGAAUGUUAAUGGCAUAUAGCUUUUCAUCAUAGCUGAUCUGCCAGCUGAGGAAAGCGUUGCAGCAGCCAAACUACACCCUGGAUGGCAACCUGCAUGGUCCUAGAGGAGUUAAGAGAUCACAAUAGUUAUGCCCUUAUGCUACUAGAAUUGAAAAACCAGCAUAUGGCUUUGGUUGGGAAAUGGGUCUGCCUAAAUCUAAUAAAGUAAUUGUAGCUGCUAAAUUUAUGCUAAAUAUUCAAUCCAAUCCUUAAAUUAAAACAAAGGCUGACUGAGUUAUCAAAUUUAACUUUUUAUGCGAUCAA